AUGAGUACCGGCUCUGAAACAGCCUCAGGGGGGAGGGAUCCCCGACCUACCGAGCCCUCCUCUUCUACUCUCCCUCCUGCCCCCUCUUCUUCUUGUUCUUCCUCUCUCCCCCCUGCCCCCUCCUCUGGUGCUUCCUCCGACCCUCCUUCCUCGUCUUCGGAGGAGUUCCAGCAGCUGCUUGAUAAAGCCGUUCAGAUGUACUUGCCGGCGAACUACGACUUCGAGGUGGCGAAGUCGCUGCGUCGUCUGAAUGCGGAGUGCAGUCGGAACGUGGCGCUGCAGCUUCCCGAGGGCUUGCUGACUUGGUCUCUGCAGUUGGCCUCGAUUCUGAAAUUUUUCUCCGACACUGUGGAGCACGUGACGAUUCUCAGCGACGUGACGUAUGGCGCCUGCUGCGUCGACGACCUCACCGCGGCUGCGCUCGGCUGCGACUUCCUAAUCCACUACGGCCACUCGUGUCUUGUCCCCACGACGCAUGCAUCGACUUUCCGCAACGCUCGCAGUUCACAGAACGCGAGUGGCGAGGCUGGACAGACAGUCAAUGGCCUCGGCUGUCUCUACGUCUUUGUCGACAUCCUCAUCGACCCGCUUCCGCUCUGCGACGCCCUGAAAAGAAAUUUCUCUCCGGACACCCGCCUCGCUCUUCUGGGGACCAUCCAGUACGCCAAGUGCACUUUGGCUGUCAAGCGUCAUCUGGAGCAAGAUGGUUAUUUCCGGGUCCCGCCUCUCAUUCCUCAGAGGUCGCCUCUGACUGCGGGCGAAGUCUUGGGGUGUACAUCUCCCAAGUUGCCUGAGCAGAAGAUACGAAACGCCGUUUCUUCAGCUAAAGGCGACUCCGAGUCUCCUUGCGGCACAGCCUCGCGGUCCUCUGGCAAUUCAAGCAAGUGUUGUCGAGACCCUGACUUCUCUGCAUGUUCUUCGUCUCGCCCUGGAGACAGUGUGCGGCGCGAGGAGACAGAGGGGACCUCUUUGGACGUGGAAGAUUCAGCGCAUGCAUCUGCAGGUCUCCAGCUGAUGCCCCUGGGGAGAGAAGAAGAAGAAAGAAUCGACGAAGUCAUCUUUGUCGCAGACGGACGAUUCCACCUGGAGGCAUGCAUGAUCCAGAACCCCACUCUUCGCUUCCUACGCUACGACCCGUUCCUCAAGAGACUCUUUCGGGAGUCGUACAAUCACGCCUUGCUCCAUCGGAAUCGGCAGGCGGCCAUUGAGGCGGCUCGCAGCGCUCGAAGCGUCGCGCUGCUUCUCAGCACUCUGGGUCGUCAAGGCAGCGUGGGCAUCCUAGAGGGUUUGAUGGAGCUUCUGGAUAAACGGGAGUUGCCGUUCUGUGUCAUCCUUCUCAGCGAAAUCAGUCCUCAAAAAAUCAAACCUCUGACUAAACAGAUCGACUGCUUCGUCCAGGUAGCUUGUCCACGCCUCUCUAUCGACUGGGGGUCUGGAUAUGCAGCCGGGGGCAGGCCGGUGCUGACGCCGUACGAGGCACACGUCGCCUUCGGAGACGAAAAGUAUAGAGACGUCUACCCCAUGGACUACUACGGCAAAGAUGGCGGCCCGUGGAGCAACUACAACACGAAAGCCGGCCACCGCAGUGGAAGCCUCGCGCCCGUGAUUUCCCCUGAAGACCGAAAGGCGCAGCUUCGAGCGAGGCUCCUUGCUCGUCAGCGAGAACAAAGACACAGGUGAAGGCUUAGUCUUUCCUUUUCACUGGCUGUGUUCCAGAAGGCCUUCAAACAAGGGAGUUUCCGCAGUUCAGACCAAGGGCGAGAGAGACUAUCCCUGAACAGCCGAAGGUCCGAGAGUCGCGAAGGAACUUCCUCGUCGCUUACGAGAGAGCUUCGAGUCAAGAUGAACACGACCACUCACAGACAACCUUUUCCAAGAAGAAACAGAGGAUGAAUAUUGAAUGCAUGCAGUGCAUUUAUAGAAAUAUUUAUAGAUAUAGGUCUGUAAAUGUAGAGAGUCUGGUGGGACAGUUUUCCUGCAAACUGUUUUCGCUGUAUUUUCGACUUUUUCGUUUUUGUCCGCGGAACAACUACGAAAAAGGAAACUGAAAACUCGUUGGAGCUCUCCUUAGGCACUCCCGAGUCGCGUAGUGCUGUCCACGUGUGACACAGCUAUACGGUUGAAGUUCCAUAAAUAUUAUUACAUUUUAGCGGAAAUAACACCCACAUGCAUAUAACAUUUGAAGUUUCUUGUUAAUGUGAACUGGAGCAGCUCCAUGACAGACGAAAGAGAAAAAGAUCUUAGCUAGCUGCUAUGUGCUUCUGUUCGAUGGUCUCGCACAAAUGGAAGUCUU